AUGCCUACAUUGCAGGAACUCUCGGAUGUGGCGAUUGUCACGCACAGAAUCUUCGCACCGCGUGGCAUCGACUUCGGCUUCUUUGGGGGCUUCGCGAUCAAUCUCUUAGGUGGAAACAGGACCAGCAAAGAUCUCGACUGCGCCGUGGACAUGGACAAAGAAGAGAUCGUGGAGCUCUUCGAGCAGUUCCCGCAUUUCCAAUACCUAGGCAAUACUCGAGGCGAUGUUGCAAAGUUCAUGUUGGGAGAGGUGCUGCUAGAAAUGUUCCCUAGUACGUUAACUACUCAAUUAGUCAUGUGAGCUCUCAUGGCUAACAUUGCGCUAGCUCCAAUGGAACAGCUGCGUGGAAAUACCGGCCAAACGAUAGUGAGGGGCACAAACGCAUCCGGUACGACCACAAUCCUCGACCCCUGUGCUGUCUUUAAAGGAAAAUUGGCGGCUGCAGCUGGCAGGGCAAAAUUCACCGAUGCCGCGGAUCUAUUGCUCCUCGCCGGAAGAUUUGAGGAGCCCUUAAAAGAGCGAUGCAGGGAGCUCAAUCAGACUCUAGCAGGUCUUGCUAUGAAGCGGUACCCGCACCUCGAGCUCGCAUUCGCUCGCCUUGGCAUUGAUAUCGAGAGGUGCAAGCGCUUGGUUGAGGACUCUGAUUUGCAGCAGUUGCCGGCCAUUCCACGGGCUGUUCAGGCAGGACUCCUCUUUGGGUUGCAGUGA